AUGCCACAAUUACCCCAGUGGAAUAUUGCCAUAAGUGUUUAUGAGCCAGCUCCAAAAAACCCCCAUCCAAGAAAGCAUCCCAAAAAGCCCAUUCCUAAAGGCAUACCCCUAUCAAUUUCUGGCGAAGAGGGAUUGCCAUUUUUCCGGGAGUCAAUGGUGAAAGAAGGAGGUUUUAUGUCUAUCCCUGAUUUAAGAGACCCAAUGUCAUAUAUAUCAUUCUUACCUCGACCUUUGGCAUCAAAAAUCCCAUUUUCCUUUGCCAAGAUUGAUGAAUUAAAGAAGCUUUUUAAUGUGGUAGAUGAAUCAAACAUGGAUGAGUAUAUUCAAGACACCCUAGAGACAUGUGAAAAGAGCACAUGUGUGACUUCUGCCGAGAAUCUCAUCGAUUUUGUUGUCAAAAAAUUGGGGCAUCAUGUACGUGUUUGGAAUACUGAGAGUAUUGAAGGAUCUUGUGAGAAUGUCACAAUUGGAACCGUGAAACUCAUAUCUGGAAACCUCUUUGAACCACCAGCCUUAUGCCAUAGUCAGCCAUUCCCAUUUCAGGUUUAUUAUUGCCAUGUUUUACAGAAAGUAAAAGUAUAUGCAGUUGAUUUACAUGCUAAGAAGAAAGUGAAUCAUGCAGUCAUGGCAUGCCACUAUGACACAUCUACUUGGAGCUCAAACCAUCCUGCUUUUAAGCUAUUGGGUUUUGGCCCUGGUCAAAUUGAAGUCUGUCAUUGGAUAAACAAGAAUGGAAUGGUCUGGACAAAGAGUCUAGGUUGA